AUGAUAGAUAACAAUAAGGAAACGAUAGUGUUAUUCAUAUAUAAGAUAGUAUAUAUUUUUAUAAAAUACAUAUUAUUUAUUUAUUUCAUAUAUUUUUUAGAUGUUUUCAAAAACAUUAGAAUUAUGGGUACGGUAAUUAUUGUUUUAAGUAAUAUUAUUGUUGCCUAUUUUCUUUUAUUAACUGCUCCAUUAUUAAUUAUGAAGGCUUGGGAAGGAAUAAAUAAAGACUAAAUAAAUUUAGUUAUUUAUAUUUUAAGAUUAUUAAAGACUAUUUAUUAUUUAUUUUCUGAUUUUUAUGUGUUAUAUUAUAUUUUUUAUGGACUUACAGCUAUUGUUGGAACUGUUUAUAAUCCAUUUUUCUUUUGUUUCCAUUUAUUUGAUAUUAUUGUAAGAUAUCCUGAUUUAUUAAAUGUGGUAAAGUCUGUAUGGAUACCAAAAAAAGCUAUUAUGUAUACUUAUUUCCUUUUUAUUGUACUAAUGUAUAUUUUCACACUUUUCGGUUAUUAUUGGUUGAGAGAAUCAUAUCCUGAGGAAUAUUGUGCAAGUACUUUUAAAUGCUUAUUAACGGCUAUUGAUAGAUCUUUUAAAUAUGAUGGUGGUAUUGGAGGGUUUUUUUAAAGUUUUAGAAAAGAUGAUGGAAAUAGAGAAGAUAGUGACAUUGCAUAUUUUUUUACUAGAUUUUUCUUCGAUAAUAUUUAUUAUAUUUUACUCAUGAUUGUUAUGAUUAAUAUUGUUUCUGGUAUUAUUAUUGAUUAGUUUGGAGAAUUAAGAGAAAAAUCUAAAAAUUAUGACUCUGAUCUCAAAAAUAAAUGUUUUAUUUGUGGAUUUUCUAAUGAAGAAAUUGAAAAAGAUUCAGAUAAAAAUUAAGACUUUAAAUUUCAUACAAAGGAAGAUCAUUAUAUGUGGAAUUAUUUAUAUUAUAUUGCUUAUUUGUAAGAUAAAAAAUAAACUGAAUAUACUGGUAUUGAAAGUUACGUAGCAGAAAAAAUAGAAUAAAAAGAAAUUAGUUGGUUUCCUAUAAAUAGAGCUAUAUGUAUGAAUAAAAGUGUUCUAGUCAAAGAAAACUAAUAAGUAGUUAAUUCAUUAAAGGAAAUUAUGAAAUCAGUAAUAUUUUAUUUUAUAUAUAUUUUAGCUUAUUAUUUUUAAGCAUGA